GAAAGGCAGCAGGGGCGGUUGAGAAGUGAAGUCUUGGCCGGACUUUGCUUCUCGCCAGGAGAUCGGCGGCGGCGAGUCCCGGCGGAGCGGAGCCGGGCGGCGUCCUCGUCAGCGCUCCCCCGGGGAGCCCGCCGCUUUCCCGGAGUGAGUUACUUCGCCCCAGUCACACGCGAACUCCCAACGGUUGGACCCAUGAGCCUGCUGACUCUGCUGAUCCAAGAUGGGAACAACCAGUGAUGAGAUGGUGCCGGUGGAGCAGGCCUCCUCCUCCUCCUCCCUAGACCCCCUGUGCUUUGAGUGUGGCCAGCAGCACUGGGCAAGAGAAAACCACUUAUACAACUACCAGGGUGAAGUGGACGACGACCUUGUCUGCCACAUUUGCCUUCAGCCCCUGCUGCAGCCGCUCGACACACCCUGUGGACACACGUUCUGCCACAAGUGCCUCAGAAACUUCCUACAAGAGAAAGAUUUCUGCCCACUGGACCGCAAGAGACUUCAUUUCAAGUUGUGUAAGAAAUCUAGCAUCCUGGUCCAUAAACUUCUAGAUAAGUUACUGGUUCUGUGUCCGUUUGCUUCCGUGUGCCAAGAUGUGAUGCAGCGCUGUGACCUGGAGGCACACCUUAAGAACAGGUGUCCUGGAGCCCGUCACCGGAGAGUUGAUCUAGAGAGGAGGAAAACUAGCCAAACUCAGACACAGAUUGAAGGUGAAACUGGAUCCGCUGUACUAGAUCCUCCUGGCACCUGCCCCCCAGAAACGGACUGCCUGGGCACUGUGCCUGCAGAGCGAAACUUGACACCUGCCCCUCUUCCUGUGUGGCCUGAGGAGCCCGGCCUGGACAACCCUGCCUUCGAGGAGAGUGCUACAGCUGACUCUGUACAACAGCCACUUAGUUUACCAGAAGGGGAGAUCACCACCAUUGAGAUCCACCGCUCUAACCCAUACAUCCAGUUAGGAAUCAGCAUCGUGGGUGGCAAUGAGACACCACUGAUCAAUAUUGUCAUCCAGGAAGUCUACCGGGAUGGGGUCAUCGCCAGAGAUGGAAGACUCCUCGCCGGAGACCAGAUUCUUCAGGUCAACAACUAUGAUAUCAGCAACGUGUCCCAUAACUAUGCCCGGGCCGUGCUUUCCCAGCCGUGCAGCACGCUGCAUCUCACCGUGCUGCGGGAGAGGCGCUUCGGCAGCCGAGCAAACAACCACGCGGACGGCAGCGCACCUCGGGAUGAGGUCUUCCAAGUGCUGCUGCACAAACGCGACUCGGCGGAGCAGCUGGGGAUUAAAUUUGUCCGAAGGACAGAUGAGCCAGGCGUUUUUAUUCUUGACCUUCUGGAAGGGGGGCUGGCAGCUCAGGAUGGCAGGCUCAACAGUAAUGACCGGGUACUGGCCAUCAACGGACAUGACCUGAAGCAUGGGACCCCAGAGCUGGCCGCCCAGAUCAUUCAGGCCAGCGGAGAGAGAGUGAAUUUGACAAUUGCCAGAGUGGGGAAACCGCAGCCCAGCAAUGGCACCCGUGAAGCAGGAGCACACAGCAUCAGCCAGCAGCAUACACAGCCGCCUGCUCACAGCCGCCCAAGCUCACACAAGGACCUCACGCAGUGCGUCACGUGCCAGGAGAAGCACAUCACAGUAAAGAAGGAGCCGCAUGAGUCCCUUGGGAUGACGGUUGCUGGGGGCAGAGGGAGUAAGAGUGGUGAACUGCCCAUCUUCGUGACCAGCGUGCCACCCCAUGGCUGCCUUGCCCGGGACGGCAGAAUCAAAAGAGGUGAUGUGUUGCUGAAUAUCAACGGCAUUGACCUGACCAAUCUCAGUCACAGCGAGGCUGUGGCCAUGCUAAAAGCCAGCGCUGCAUCUCCAGCCGUCGUCCUCAAAGCCCUGGAAGUCCAGAUCAUGGAGGAGGCAGCCCAGACCUCAGAGGAGCAGCCAGGCGCUUUCAGUGAGAAUGAGUACGACGCCAGCUGGUCCCCGUCCUGGGUCAUGUGGCUCGGGCUGCCAAGUGCCCUUCACAGCUGCCAUGAUAUAGUCCUACGAAGAAGCUACUUGGGAAGCUGGGGCUUCAGUAUUGUGGGCGGAUAUGAAGAGAACCACACCAAUCAGCCGUUCUUCAUUAAAACCAUCGUCUUAGGAACCCCUGCUUACUACGAUGGGAGACUAAAAUGUGGAGACAUGAUUGUAGCCGUAAAUGGCCUGUCGACUGUGGGCAUGAGUCACUCUGCUCUGGUCCCCAUGCUGAAAGAACAAAGGAACAAGGUCACUCUGACAGUCAUUUGUUGGCCCGGCAGCCUCGUAUAGAGUCUUGACGCUGGCUUCCAGUCUCGCUUCUUCCUACAGACUGAAGGAAGUCCCUCUGGUGUGACGCUUCUACAAUCACCCCACGCUUCCUCUCUGCUCAGAGAUCAGCCCCCGCUAGCCCUGGGAGCUUACAUUUUGAACACAUUCAGUGGCCACCCUCUGGGGUGGUGCUUGGAUCCUCCCAAGACUGUCACCAGCUGGAUGGAAGCAACUUCCCGACCUACAGACGCUAGGUCAUGAAAUGAUUUACAUCUGCAAUUCCUGCAUCAGCAGCAACUUACUGCAGCAUUUGCAGCAGCCUUCCUGCCCUGUAAACAGCCCUACAAGUGGCUGCAUUUUGGGUUUUGCUCAUUUUCCAUUGGUGCCAACAUUUCAAAACUUUUAUACCAUUUAUAAAGCAACUUUUGGGUUGUUUCUACCUUAAUUUUCAGUACUUAAAUGAAGACAUAAGUCUGACACCACUAAUGAGAUUUCUUUUUAAAUAAUGUAGAAAAUCAAAAAUAAUGCCAUUCAGGGACAGAGCAGCCUGGGAGGUGACUGUCCUCGGCUGGCAGAACUGCCUUGGCUGCAAUGGCCCAGGAGCGCGAAGAUUCUUUUCCACAGGAAUGCUUUGUUAUGUAGGAAAAGUUUGAAGAUGUUCUUCUAAAAGUCAUUUCUAGAGUUUGUAUUUAUCAGCAAUCUUGUCUGGAGAUGUUUCUGUGAUUUAUGCAAUUGAACCAGGUGAUUAAGAACAUUACUGUGUUAAAUGCACACACAGCACAGCCAAGUUGGAGAGAAGACUUUAACUUUGUUCCUGUGUGUUUUAGAAGUCCUUAGUUUCCCCAAGAGACCAAAAAGCUCUGUUUUUGUUUUUUGUUUUUGUUUUUUUUUUAAAUCUGAAAUAGUAGAUUUUAGGUGUUAAUAUCUUCAACUGUUGGUCACUAAACUUUUUUCUUUUUUUUUGUUUUUUUUGUUUUUUGUUUUGAAAACUAUGUCCUUUAUUCAACACAGUCGUCCCUUACAAGGCAUAAUGAGAAAGAAAGUCAGAGGAAAAAUAUCUUUACCUGGUUAAUAUUUAUACUUGAAAAGUUUUAUUUAGAAACCUAGUUCAAAAUCAGAGCUAACUACAAGUGGCCUGAGAUAAACGGCAGUGAUAAUCAGAAUAUGGGCUUCUGCAUGGCCCUGGGCCGAGCCCACCUCCUUCAUCAUCGCCGGGCUUUGUAUCCGUAUCACUGAUUAGUCCACUUCAGUUUAUAUUUUUUAAAAAAAAUUUUUUUGUGAUAAAGCAACAGUAGUGGCUACUGGCGUCUCCCCCGCCCCUUGGCUUCCCACGGUCACCUUGCUGCCAGCCCACCAGGGAGGGAUGCCCGGGUGGACUCUGUUGUGGGACAAUCGCCUGUGAAACAAUUUGAUACUGAAGUGCAAUUGAUGUGAAGCAAUGUUUCCUGCUCCCCAAAUACAAUUUUGUAAUCAACCUUGCUACUUUUGAAAGACUUUGUAAAACUUGUCAUUUCUCUGGGGUGGGACCAUCCAACAGUAUCAUAACUGCCACUUUGUUAUACAUAAAAAUAUGUCCAACCUG